AUGAGGUCCCUACUGAAGCUGACGGUGCUGCUCUUCUGCCUGCAGCGGGGAGCGGGACACUGGCUACGCUCACUCCUGGAGCUGAAAGGACAUUCCGCUGAAGACGAGGAAGGAACCAGAGCGCCGAGGGAGGCCAGAGCGAGCGCAGAGGAACUCCGAGGAGGUCUCGCCCUUCGGUCCCGCCGCAGCGCCGGCGACGUGUCGUGCAGCCUGCAGUCGCUCCUCAUCCAGGUGCGCGACCUGGGCCUGGGCUACGACUCGGACGAGAUGGUCCGCUUCAAGUACUGCGCCGGGACGUGCCCGCUGCAGCGCUCCAACCACGACCUGACGCUGGGCAACCUGCUGCGGGCCGGGCACCUGCCCCUGGCGCCGGCCGGCCAGAUGUGGCACAGCAUGCCGUGCUGCCGGCCCACGCACCACGAGGACGUGGUCUUCCUGGACAACGAGCACCGCUGGCACAAAGUGGCGAGACUGUCGGCGGCGGGCUGCGCUUGCGUCGGGUAG